AUGGAGACAAGAAGGUCAGAGGGAAAAAGAACUUGGAGGCAGAAAGAAGUGGUGAACAAUCAUGAAGAGAUGGAACAUGAAGAUGAAGAUGAAAUGGAAUUUGAAGAGGAGGAGGAAGGUAGAAAGAAGAGGGUAGUAACAGAUCUGUAUAGUAAACCAAGGUCCAAAGCUGGAGGGUCCAAUGUUCCACCUUGUUGUCAAGUGGAGAAUUGUGAUGCUGAUCUGAGUGAAGCUAAACAGUAUCAUCGGAGACAUAAGGUAUGUGAGUAUCAUGCUAAGGCACCAGCCGUACACGUUGCAGAGAUGCAGCAAAGGUUUUGUCAGCAAUGUAGCAGAUUCCAUGAGCUAUCUGAAUUUGAUGACACAAAAAGGAGUUGUAGAAGGCGUCUGGCGGGGCAUAAUGAGAGACGUCGCAAAAAUACAAGUGAAUAUCAAGGAGAAUGA